AGCGGCAAAGCCAGGAGUUGAAUAUUUUGUGUGUGGCGAAACCAGCUGUAGUGGACAUGUAGCUAGUGCAUUACCACCGCUCUGUGUUUGAAUCUAUCAUAAAUACUUUUUUCUUUCUCGAGUGUAUUUUAUCCAGUAAGUUGACGUAAAAGGACAGGUUUGCUAGGUUUCUCGAGUUCUGUCAUUGUAGCUAGCUCGUGUGCGAUUAUUAUCGGUGUAGCCAUCUUCCUAGCUGCUGACAAUGGUCUGAAGGCUGCUGUGCUGGUGUCGUGUUGAGCUACCUGAAGAAGCGGCCCGGACCAUAACGUUAGCUAGUUGGCUUUAUCCCAGUGUAUGUUUGUCAGUUAGACGACCACUUCGGCCAUUGCAUUGGAUUGUCUGCGGAUUGCUGGCUGGCUAGCUAACGUUAGCUGGGUAAACAGAGCGGGAAAGCAUCUGUCAUGCAGAUUUGACAGACAACUAGCUAGCUAGCCAGCUAACUUAGCUCUUUAUCCAUGGAGUACAGAGGGAUUUCUCUUUGGAGUUUGGACCUACGAUUGAUGACUUGCCUUUGAGUCUACGGUAACCACUAGAGUUGUAAUAAGAAAAGCAUCCAAUGCAAAAGUAUUGAAAGCAAACCUCCAUUAUGGAUUUCAGCACAUCGUUGACCUUGUGGAUUGUAUGCUUAUGCCUCCUGAGGGAAAGUUGGACGGUCCAAGCCAGCUCAGACCACCAUCCUAUUGAUAAUGGUGUGUCAGAACUCUGUCGCAUCGACGAGCCUCGGUGCCACGAUGAGAAUACCAUCCUCAGCUUCGAGGCGAUCCGCAGUAUCCACAAGCAGAUGGAUGACGAUGCUAAUGGCAAUGUGGACGUGUCAGAGACUGACGGGUUCCUGAGGGAGGACCUGAACUACCACGAUCCCAAAGCCAAGCACAACAGUUUCCACGGAGACGACCAGUUCAUCAGUGUGGAAGACCUGUGGAACACCUGGAAGGGUUCUGAAGUGUACAACUGGACAGUGGACGAUGUGGUGAAGUGGCUCACCUAUGUGGAGCUGCCUCAGUAUGUGGACACCUUCCUCAAGAUGCACUUCAACGGCACUGUCAUGCCCAGGCUGGCUGUGAAGAACGCCACUCUGACAGUGUCCAUUCUGAAGAUGCUGGAUCGCAGCCAUGUUCAGAAGCUGCAGCUCAAGGCCCUGGACACUGUGCUGUUCGGAGCCCCACUCAUGAACACACAUAACCACCUGAAGGACUUCAUGCUGGUGGUGUCCAUAGUGAUCGGCAUUGGAGGCUGCUGGUUCGCCUACAUCCAGAACCGUUACUCCAAGGACCACAUGAAGAAGAUGAUGACCGACCUGGAUGGCCUACAGAGGGCUGAACAGAGCCUGCAUGAUCUACAGAAGAAGCUGCAGAUAGCCCAGGAGGAGCACCGUACGGUGGAAGUGGAGAAGGUGAACCUGGAACAGAAGCUGAGGGAUGAGAUCAACUGUGCCAAGCAGGAGGCCCAGCGCCUCAAGGAGCUCCGCGAGGGCACCGAGAACGAGCUGAGUAGGCAGAAAUACGCAGAGGAGGAGCUGGACCAGGUGCGCAUGGCCCUGAAGAAGGCAGAGAAGGAGCUGGAGUCUCGCUGCAGCUGGUCCCCACCAGAGUCCCUCCAGAAGUGGCUGCAGCUCACCCAUGAGGUGGAGGUGCAGUACUACAACAUCAAGAAGCAGAACGCUGAGAAGCAGCUGCUGGUGGCUAAAGAAGGGGCAGAGAAGAUCAAGAAGAAGCGGAACACCAUCUUUGGGACCUUCCAUGUGGCACACAGCUCCUGUCUGGACAAUGUGGAUCACCAAAUUCUGACAGCCAAACAAGCCCUGGGUGAGGUGACUGCUGCUCUGAGGGAGAGGCUGCAUCGCUGGCAGCAGAUUGAGAUUCUGACGGGGUUCACCAUCGUCAACAACCCUGGGCUGUCCUCCCUGGCCUCCACCCUGAACCCUGACCCCAGUAUCAUGGGCGGCCGGGCCACGCCCCAGCACUUCAUUAUGUCUGAUGACAUGGACGACUUGGACGAGGACAUCAUAUCACCCGGAACUCUGCAAUCUGCCAUUCGUGUCUCUGGUCGACCCCCAGACACCAACUGCCUCAAGGACCGACGAGCGAGUGAUCUGUGGUCCGUGGCUUCGGACAGCCAGUCCCUCAGGAAAUACUCUGCUCCCAGUAUGAUGUCCCUGCGUCAGCGCCACAUGGACUCCCAGCUGGCCAUGGGCUCCCAGAGGUUGGUAGAGACCUGCCUGUUGGCGGGGCAGCAGGGAGACGGCACCUCCUACCCAUCCAGGUCUAGGGCCCCCCUUCAACAGUCACACAACCAGUCCUUCCAACAGUUUGAGGCUCUCCCCCUGCCUCCCUUGUCCUCGGCUGUCUCGCACCCUUCCAUCAUCUGCUCUUACCGUCAGCCCCACUCCUCCUCCUCCUCCUCCUCCUUACACUCCACCUCUCCUCAUUCCUCCAAUGUCUAUCACUCGUCUUAUUUUCAGCCCAUGGACACCAUCCCAGACUUCCAGCGUAGCAGCAGCUUCGGGGAUCUGAACCGCUCCGACUCAGACUCCUCCCUGUGCCUCUCCCAAAUCGGUGAUCGUCUGUCUGCCUACAGCUCCAAGGGCCACCCGGUGAAACCCACCUCCUUCCUGUAUGGCCCCCCUGUCCGCUCCGCCUCAGACGAGCCCGCCCUGAAUGCCCACACCCCUAACGGAGGGAACCGUGUCCACGAGGGAGGAGCCCAUGCCGAGCCAGUCCCAGAGAGCCCCAUCCUGAUGAAGAAGGUGUACAGCAUCGAGAAGUCAGCCAGCCUGGGAGAGAUGGAUGUUGGCCUCGUCGGUAUGUCCAUGUCAGAGUCCUCCUGCUCCCUCAGCCUCAACUCCACCGACGUCGACACCCCCUCCCCCACGGGGGGUCAGCCUGGGGUCGCAGGGGCCAAGGGCAGCAGCCGCAUCCCUCAGCUCUCCUCCAAGAAGAGCCCUCUGGAAGAAGACAGCGGCUCCACGGGAGAAGACACAGAUUCCGUCGCCAGCCGCAAGAAACACACCUUCAAGAUCUUCAAAAAACAGAGGAAAUAAUGAGGAAGGCUACUAAAGACUAUUAAAGAGGUCAAAGGUGUUUCACUUGUUAUUAUUUCUGUUUUGGAGAAGUUGUUUUGGGUAGUUCACUGGUCACAAGCGAUGGCACAAAUCUUUGCCUUUACGGUUUUGUAGGUACUUUCUCUGAGGAACUGUGGGAGCAACCAGCUAUUCGAUUAUAUGAUUUUUAUCCUGAUGAUGUUGGCAAUGGAUGGUAUUGUAUAGUGGAAUGUAAAGCACUAUUUAUUUAGCAGGAAAGUGUGCCAGUCUCUGAGGGAAAGAAGUCUCCUGGGUGGAUGUGUUCUGUUUUACUUCAACCUGUGUCCGUUUGCAUGUCUUCACCUUUGUUGGACUGAAAUUCUCUGAAUGCUCUUCGGUGUUUGCUUGGUUCUUGUCCCCAUUCUGCUUAGACAACACUUAAAAACUCUGCUGUUUCUUGUCGUUAAUCCCCAACCACCUCCUUGUUAUGUGUCAGAUGGACUUUGAGCACUUAAUGGCAGUCAGUGUUGGUCAAUGGUGGGGAGGGGGGGGGGGCGCUAAAAAGGGCUGAACAAUACUUGCAAAAACCUCGAGUCAAUUGUGCUAAAACAAAAUCUAGCAGUCAAUGUUGGCAGAACUCUUCCAGUACAACUGCAGACACCGCAACACACACACGGCAAAAGUUUCCCUGGGAUGGUGCACCUUUAGAAGUAGAAGUGAUAACUUGAUUUAAACCCCUUGAAGACCCCAGCACAUACAAAGCUGCAGCAAAAUAAGUAGCCUGUGUAACAGAGACAGAAGUAAUUGUCCAAGAUCUAAGUUCCCUAAUAGAGGGGAAAGUUAUUAAAAGGACUACUUUAACUAUAUGAAUUUCAUAUCAAUGUAAAAUGUUUAUCGAAGUAAACAUCUACAUUUGCCAAUCAUAUCAAUCUACUUUGUGAUUUAAAGAGAGAUCACGUGAAUCAUUAUGAGUGCUGGAGGCAGAUGUUGGAGAUGCUAAUCUUUUGUGCCAAAACAAAGACUCUGGUCCAGUGGCCUUUAUUCUUGUCAUCAACUAUAUAUGUGCUGUCUGUUGUACGUUAGAGGCAGCGUUAGAUUGGGUAGCACUGCCUUCCGUUUUAAUCUGGGGACUCCGAACAAAAAUAAGGUGAUCGAUUUGACAUUGUCACCCACAACAUUUCAAGCAGGGAGUUUCAGGCAGCAUUUGUAUUUCGAAGACUCCCAAGUUGUGUGUAGAGAAUUUUGGAGAAGGUGUUUGCUGCUGUUGCUUGUACUGUAGAUUACCCUGAUCACCUAUAUUCACAUUAUACAGCUCCAAAGUCAAGCACACAAUAACAGUAAUGGUAUCUAUCGGUCACAAUUAUAAACUCACUUGCCAUGAAUUGUUUUGUUUGAGCAAAAAUGGUUUAGAAAAGGAUGUCACGAUGCAUUCUGGUAGUAGGGACUCUCCUAUAACUUCCUAAGCAAUUAACCUGCUCGACUGCUCCUGAAUCUGUGUAACAACCAAAGCAGUGCUGAAAACAACACCUUCGCCCCCCCACUGGAGGCCUCUCACAGUGUGGUUGAUGGGAUGGAUGACAAAGAAAUGCCAUUUUCUUUAAUUGAUCAGUUGAAAACAUGGACUUCCUGUUGGUACUUUUUAAGGUGCCAUUUGCACCUCUUCUGCACGAUGAAGCUGUAAUGUGGAGUAUGAUGUCUAUCAGUGAGUGUCUGCUGUCAGUAUACUGCACUGACUUGUAUUGAUGCAUGACGGCUGCUGUAUUAACUAACAUCUGUAAUGGGCUUGAGGCGGAGAUCAACUCGAGGGUUCUUGACUCUCCGUCCACACCUACUUAAACCCCAACUUCUCAUUUUGAGCUUCUAUUUAUGAAUACAUAUAUUUGUACAGAGAAAAAUAAUAAUUUUUGCAUCUUCAGUGACGUUCUCUCUAGACUUUUAUGGCACUCCUGCAUGAUAGCAAUAAACUCUUUUGAAUGAAA